GGGGAGAGCAGAAAGAGCACUGGCCCUCCGCGCUGCGCAUCGCUGCAUCUCGGUCAGUGCUUGGUGGCCCGGUGUGAACCGGGGGUGGGGGGCACAGCCUCCUUCACCGCACCAGUGGGAGUGCGCGUGCGGGGACCUCGGCUGGCCCCAGAUCCCCCAGCGUCCGGCCAGGGGCGACUCGAGAUGACCAGUUAUAAAGCCUGCUGACUUGGAAAGGGGGACUUGAGUGGCGCGAAGGUUGAGAGCUAAAGCGCAGGAGAGCUGAGAGCGGUCGACCGAGGUCGAAAGGAAAGAAGCCGGGGAGAACCUCGCGAGCGGUUAAGAGGGAAGAAGAGUCAACCGCGGAAAAUCGGGCGAGAGCGCCAAAGGGCUCAGCGCGGAACGCCAAGCCGGCGGUGCGAGCUGCAGGGCUGGGUCUUCCUGCACCUUGGGUCACGCCUCCUUGGCGAGAAGGCGUCUGGGCUUUGAUUGCUUCCAGGGACUGCAGAACUUCCUGCCCGCUGGAGGAGCGGGUCUCGCCGGGGUCGCCUUUGCUCCCCGCUGGAGGCUUGAGACUGAGUUCUGAAAAGUCCUGGGUGUCUGAUCCAGGAAGGGUUGGGGGGACGGUGUCCGUGAGGAGCCCACGAGCCCCACGUGAGGGUUUGAGGGUCCGUGUCCUCCCUCUCCUGGCAUUCGCAACUUUCGGGCUCCAUCCCACUCCGGGAAACCCCUCACCCGGAGAUGGCCGCGCUGAUGCGGGGCAAGGAUUCCUCCCGCUGCCUACUCCUACUGGCCGCGGUGCUGAUGGUGGAGAGUUCACAGCUAGGCAGCUCUCGGGCCAAACUCAACUCCAUCAAGUCCUCUCUGGGAGGGGAGACUCCUGCUCAGGCUGCCAAUCGAUCUGCGGGCAUGAACCAAGGACUGGCGUUCGGCGGCAGUAAGAAGGGCAAAAGCCUGGGGCAGGCCUACCCUUGCAGCAGUGACAAGGAAUGCGAAGUUGGGAGAUACUGUCACAGCCCCCACCAAGGAUCGUCAGCCUGCAUGGUCUGUCGGAGGAAAAAGAAGCGAUGCCAUAGAGAUGGCGUGUGCUGCCCUGGUACCCGCUGCAAUAACGGCAUCUGCAUCCCAGUCACUGAAAGCAUCCUGACACCCCAUAUCCCAGCUUUGGAUGGCACUCGGCACAGAGACCGCAACCAUGGUCACUAUUCUAACCACGACCUGGGAUGGCAGAAUCUAGGAAGGCCCCACACCAAGAUGCCUCAUAUAAAAGGGCAUGAAGGAGACCCCUGCCUGCGAUCAUCAGACUGUAUCGAUGGAUUUUGCUGUGCUCGCCACUUCUGGACCAAAAUCUGCAAACCAGUGCUCCAUCAGGGGGAAGUCUGUACCAAACAACGCAAGAAGGGCUCCCACGGUCUGGAGAUCUUCCAGAGGUGUGACUGUGCAAAGGGCCUGUCCUGCAAGGUGUGGAAAGAUGCUACCUACUCCUCCAAAGCCAGGCUCCACGUGUGCCAGAAGAUCUGACAAGCACUGGGAGAGUCAGCGCCAGCAGACUGUGAACUGGUGUAUUUAAUGCAUUAUGUCGUGAUGGAAAAUCCAGUUUGGAGUUUGGAAUAAUGAGGGAUGUGGUAAGAGUGUGGAACACAAGAGGGCAGGACUGAAUUUAAACCGAGAUUGUGACAACCAAAGCACAGUGUUUCCAUUAUGCGACUUGUUUAUGUAAAUAAUGUACACAUUUGUGAAAAUGCCGUUAUUAAAAGAGAGAACACCAUGGAACUUACUGACAAAUACCCUAAAAAUUACCUUAAGCCACAUUUCUACUCAAAGCUACAGUUUAAUAAAUUUCUCUCACUGUCCCUUGACAUAACAUGGGAAAAGCUGAUGGGCAGGAAGUGAAAAUAUCCAACCUCAUUAGUUCGCAUCAUAAAAGUCACCUUUUAAUUUGGAACUCCACUGUGACUUCUCAAAUAAAGGUCUUGGUAGAUAAGAGGAAAAGGCAGCCAAUGGUUUCCAAAUCACUUCAAGAUACUGGCAUGCCAUUUAGACAUUAGAAAAAGGUAAACAUGUGUCUUUUCAGACCAUUCACUUCUUUCUUCAAAAACCUAAUUUUCCCUGAAUCAAUGAAGACAGAUAUAAGAUGAAAAAGAUCCUGCACUGUGAAGGAAUGGCAUCUCAAACGUAAUGCCUACUCGAGCUAGCAUCGUUAACUGUGCCUAGUACAGUACAAGCAAGCAAAGGGCAGAAUUUUCAUAGACUGCAAAAACAUUCAAGAUGUCUAACACAUGAGGGAAGCUGAAAAUGGAGUAAGCAUUGUUUUGCCAAAGCUUUGACAUACCCUACAUGUGGUAGAAUUAGACCACUAAAUACAUUUAUCUUUGCAUAGCUGGAGAUCAAUAGGUCAAAGUUGACCCUAGAGACUUGACUGAUAUCUGUACUGUGUCAAACAGAGCAGGGAAGAGGAGGAAACCUUGUUAUCUGUCCAGGCUUUAAGAUCACAUGUCUGAAGCACAGGCUGAAUGUUCAUGGCUAAUACCAAUGGCUCCACAAAGUUGAAACUCUCCAUGGGAUUUGUUCUUCUCAAUCAGAUGAGUUCAGUGCAGUGCCUGAACUUUCCCAGCCUCAUUAUAGUUCAUGUUUUGAGGAUGCAAAAGAAUCUCGAUAUAAGGGGAUCUUACAGAUCGGAUUCUUUUAAACCAGGUGGUCCAAGAGGAACCAAUGUCACCAGAAGUUUCUGUAUGAACCUCUCAAUGGAACAGGUAUUUCAUUGCCAAGGACAUAGUUUCUAUUUUCUGCAACUAUUGAGAGUUAAAAAGUAAUACUAUGUGAAAUGAACAUAUCUCUAAUCUAUAGAAGUUACCUGAGACCACUUCACUACUUUCUAAUUUAACAUAGUUCUAAGUAUUAUGUCUAGAGCAUAAAAGACAAAAAAGGUUAUCAUGCUGUUGCUUAAGUUCUUAUAGACCCCACAUCACUUUCUUGUUUUACUGAAGACCCAUCUGCAAUCUCAAAGUCCAGUCCUUGAAGAGUUUCAGCUUCUGACACACAUCUUGCCAGGAUGAUCAUGGUUUGUGCUCUGCAGAUGUCUGCUAGAGCAAAAAUCAUAAGCUAAUUUAUCCAAGAGCAAAAUUUUUAGUUUAAGCUUGGUGGUGUGAAAAAUGGAACAAUUUGGUCAGAAUUUCCUACAGAGCAAUGACACUUACAAUCUAGUUUAUACAGUAUCUCCCUUCUAUUCAGCCUCUCAAAAAUUAUUAUUUGGAAUAAUUUAUUUACAGGAAAUGUUAAUGAGAUGUAUUUUCUUAUAGAGGUGUUUCUUACAGAAAGCUUUGUAGCAGAAUAUAUUUGCAGCUGUCAACUUUGUAAUUUAGGGGAAAUGUAUAAUAAGAUAA